AUGUCGACUAUCGCAAGCAAUACCACCACCCCGACUCUGACGCUGGGCGAGUCGAAGCGCCCCCACAAGCCGCGCGUUGUUGUCACGGGUGGCUCGGGCAAGCUUGGGCGGGCCACCGUUGCACACCUCUCGUCCUCCGGCUACGAGGUGAUCAAUUUCGACCGCGUCCGCCCCAAGACCGCCUCGGAAGACGGCAAGACGGGCCUGCAGGGCGCAUACCGGCUGGUGGAAGUCGAUCUGACGGACAUGGGCCAGGUGCUCGAAGCGCUCAUGGAAAUUGACAUGGCCUACUCUGGAGUAUCUGCCAUUGUGCACCUGGCGGCGAUGCCGAGCCCGGGGCAGAGCAGCUCGAGCCACCAGUUCAACACCAACGUCAGCGCCACAUACAACGUGCUCGAAGCCGCGCGCAAACUGGGCAUCACCAACAUCGUCAUGGCCUCCAGCGAAACGCUCAUCGGUAUCCCCCUCGAUAUCGCCCCGACGAAGCUGCCAAUCACCGAGGAUACCCCCUUGGCGCCCGAGAGCGCAUACAGCCUGAGCAAGCUCGUCGGUGAAACACUGGCAGAGCAGUACGUCCGGUGGUCCCAGCAGACCCACAGGAACCCCAAGGGCGGCGAGGCCAAGAUCGUCAGCAUGCGCUUCAGCAAUGUCAUGCUUCCCGAGGAAUACGCGACAUUCGAGGCAUGGCAGGAUGACGCCAGGAAAAGGUACUGGAACUGCUGGGGCUACAUCGACUCGAGAGACGGCGCAGAGGCCAUCAAGUUGGCGUUGGAGAAGGACCUCAAGGGCCACCACGCGUUUAUCAUUGCUAACAACAACACAGUGAUGAAAACGCCUAGUGCGGAGCUGGUCAAGCAGGUCUUUCCGGGUGUGGAGUAUACUCCGAUCAAUGAUGAUCCCAAUGUCACACUGCUGUCCAACGAGAAGGCGAAGAAGGUCUUGGGCUGGCAUCCUAAUUACGAUUGGAAGCCUUAG